AUGAAGAGUCUACGUUAUCUUGACCUCUCUCAGAAUAACCUGGCUGGUGAUGUGCCGCGUGGGCUUGGAGCACUUAGUAAUUUGACUUACUUCAGCCUUGGCCUGAAUAACUUCAGCGGCGUGCUUUCAAAAGACCAUUUUGCAGGUCUGGUGAACCUUGAAUAUCUAAACCUUUCACUCAACUCCCUGAAAUUGGACUUCAGUGAAGAUUGGAGUAGUGACAGCAUAACAACGUCCAUAAAAGAUAGAGAGCUUAAUUAUACCCAUGAGUCUACAAAACAUAUUGUGUUGAUUGACAUGUCAAGUAAUAGUUUCACUGGGUACAUUCCGAAGAAACUAUCUUUACUCAAGGGACUUCGGAGUUUGAAUCUCUCUAACAACCAAAUAAGUGGACCAAUUCCAGAUGAUAUUGGUGUUUUAAGGGAAUUGGAAUCUCUUGAUUUGUCUUACAAUUAUUUGAGGGGCGAAAUCCCCUCAAGUUUAUCAGAUAUAUCAUUCUUGAGCUGCCUGAACUUGUCCUACAAUGAUUUAUCAGGGACAAUCCCCUCAGGACAACAGCUGCAAACACUUAAUAAUCAGUACAUGUACAUUGGCAAUCCUGGACUUUGUGGGCCUCCACUUCUCAACAAUUGCUCAAUGAAUGGGACAAAUCCAAAUUUCAGUCAGGAGCAUGAAGGUGGUCGAUCAUCUUUGUACCUUAGCAUGAGCACGGGAUUCGUGAUGGGUCUCUGGACUGUAUUUUGUGCCAUGUUGUUCAUGAAAACAUGGAGGAUUGCUUAUUUUCAGCUUUUGGACCAGCUUUACGACAAGGUUUAUGUGCAAGUGGCGAUCAGCAAGGCUGCCUUUCUAAGGAAACGUGGAGACGAAGAGACAUGAGGUUUAUCUUGCACAAUUUUGUUGAAUCCCUUUUUAUCGUUUCUUAUUCUAUUUCCUUUUUAAUGUGGUCUGCCGUCUAACAACAAUAAGCUGAGCUAUGCUAGCCUUGUAAAGCAGCAAGCAUCAGCUGCUCUGUUAUUCUGUUAAAAGUUAGAAGUCUGCGUGGGAGGCAAUAAUCUACAGUCACAUAAAUUAAUUAGUAGGAACAUGAUAUGAUAUGCCAUAAUCUUGAACUAUGCUCACCACAUGUUUU